AUGGACCCGGACCCGAAUCCCGGAGCCGCCACUGGCCCGGUAGCGGAACCGGCAGCGGCACCGGCGGGGAAGCGGCGGCGGUUCACGCUUCGACAGGAGGGGCCCGACGAGACCCCGGUCCCGUCUCUGUUCAGAGCCUCCACGGUGCCUCCCCAGGCUCCGGGUCCGGUUCCGGCUCCGGCUCCGGGUCCGGUUCCGAUCCCGCCCGGUGCCGGUUCUUACGCUGAGUUCGUGGUGCGGGGCUCGGGGAGCACCGGGAAAGUUCCCCCGGGAUCCUCCGGGACCUGCGGGGAUCAGAACCGGGACCGGGACCGGGAUCAGGACCAGGAUCAGAACCGGAACCGGGAUCGGGACCGGGAUCGGGAUCAGAACCGGGACCGAGCUCAGGAUCCCGGACCCACCGGAACCGCCCCCUCGGGACCCCCGCCGGGACCCGCCCCCACCCCCGGGGACCGGAACCGGAACCGGAACCAGAACCGGGAGGUGCCGGCCCUGCCCGUGCUCAAACCGGGCACCAAGAGCAGCAGCAUCAUUGUCAGCCCGCGGCAGCGCGGCAAUCCGGUGCUGAAGUUCAUCCGCAACGUCCCGUGGGAAUUCGGGGACAUCGUCCCCGACUACGUCCUGGGCCAGAGCAGCUGCGCCCUCUUCCUCAGUCUCAGGUACCAUCACCUGAACCCCGAUUACAUCCACGAGCGGCUCCGGGCGCUGGGGCGGAGCUUCGGCCUGCAGGUGCUGCUGCUGCAGGUGGACGUGAGGGACCCCCACCAGGCUCUCAAGGACCUGGCCAAGGUGUGUCUGCUCACGGACUGCACGCUGCUGCUGGCCUGGAGCGCGGAGGAGGCCGCCAGGUACCUGGAAACUUUCAAAUCCUACGAGCAGAAACCGCCGGACCUGCUCAAGGAACGCGUGGAGCAGGAUUUCCUGUCACGGGUGACAGACUGCCUGACCAGCGUCAAAUCCGUCAACAAAACGGACGCCCUGAGCCUGCUGGGCACUUUUGGGUCGCUGGCGGCCGUGGCGGGAGCGUCCCGUGAGGAUUUGUCCCUUUGUCCUGGCGUGGGACCCCAAAAAGCCAAGCGCCUCUUUGAUGUCCUGCACGAGCCUUUCCUCCAGACCCCCCGAUGAGCCCCAAAAUCCCCCAAAAUCCUCCCCAAAAUCCCCCAAAUCUCCCCCAAAAUCCCCCAAAUCCUCCCCCAAAUCCCCAAAAUCCCCCAAAUCCUCCCCAAAAUCCCCAAAAAUCCUCCCCCAAAUCCCCCUAAAUCCCCCCAAAUCUCCCCAAAAUCCACCCAAAAUCCCCCCAAAUCCCCC